GGCUGUCAUUGUCGACCUUGCAUGUUUCGUAGCUGAUUCGACUACUUAUUAAGACGCAUCCAACUUUCGUUUACCAAUAUAAGCGCAACGAUGACGAGUACCAUGACCACCACCUGCACUUCGACCGCGAUGCUAGACCGUCCUACUCUGCAUACCCCAGUCGGCGGGUACUCCUCCUUCUCCGGCGAUGGUCGUGAAGAGCGUCUUGUCUCGGCCCUGCUUGCUCAUAAAGAUGAAUUACAGGGCAAGCCGCAAGCGGUGUUGGAGGCGAUCGACCGGUUCGCAGAGGGAGAAUAUUUGAUGAACGUCGGGGCGCAUAAGGGGCAGGUAGUGGAGGAGAUCAUCAAAGAGAAGGGGGCGAAGCUGAUCCUCGAGCUGGGAACUUACGUAGGAUAUUCAGCCAUCAAGUUCGCUCGGCAUCUUCUCUCCCUCCAUCCGAACGGAGUUCUCCCUCCCUCCUGGCCGUCCUCCCCUCCUCUCUCUAGCGACGCCAGACAAUUCGUUGGCUACAUUUGCCUGGAAAAGUCUGCCUCCUAUGCCCAUGUCGCCAACACGCUGCUCGGCCUCGCCGGCCUGGGCGACAUAACGAAGAUCCUCAUUGGUCCCUCCACACGCUCCAUCCUCAAACUACAUGCGCUCCUGCCUGCCCUCGCCCCGGGAACACAGUUCGAUCUCGUGUUCUUGGAUCAUCAUAAGCCGCACUAUACAAUGGACCUAAAAGCGCUCGAGGAGGGGGGUUGGGUAGGAAAGGGCACGACGGUAGUGGCGGAUAACGUUAUCAAACCAGGGAACCCGAGGUAUUUGGCGUAUGUGAGAGGGAAGACCCCUGUACGUAUCGACAAAGAAGAAGAGGAAGACGGAGAAGAAGAAGGGGAGGAGGAAGCAGAAGCAGCACAGACGAAAGUGCACGUAGGGCAGGGUGGAGAGGAAGCAGGAGAGGGAGUUGGAGAGAAGGCGGAUGAGCAGGCCACAGAGCUUGUCGUUCAAGAUGUGGAACUCGUGGGACAAGAUGACACAGGAGAUGUAUUGGAGGAACUGGAAGAGGUGGACGAAGAGACCGGAACCGUCAUCGCUGGGGUGAAGCGCCUGAGGUACGAAAGCAUGCUCGUAAUGAGCUGGGAUCCGUACACUGGCGAGGACGAUGGUGUUGAGGUUAGCACGUGUGUGGGCUUACAGGAGGAGAUGUAG